GCUCCCGUGCACUAGAGACUUAUCCCCGGACUCUGGACACUUCCCUGCAGACCAGCCUUCACCACCUCCUUCAGCCUCUUUCAUUCCACCCUGUUCCAGAUAACUGAAAGUAACGUGAGCGUGAAUGAAUUCAAGUGACUUAAACAUGGAAGACAGAAGACCUCAUCUGGAGGCCAGGCCCAGGAAUCCCCAUACCAACCACAGAGGGCCUAUGGAUGGAGAAUUGCCACCAAGAGCUAGAAAUCAGGCCAAUAACCCACCAGCCAAUGCUCUCAGAGGAGGAACCAACCAUCCUGGAAGGCAUCCUAGGGCCAACAGUCAUCCUGUUCCUUACCGGCAAAGGGAGGAGAGAUUUAGGGCCAUGGGGAAGAAUCCACAUCAAGGAAGGAGGAACCAGGAAGGGCAUACCAGUGAUGAAGCUAGAGGCCAAAGACAUGGUCCAGAGAAUGAUACCAGGCAGAGAAAUGACAACCAAGAGGGUAGGAAUCGCAGACCACCAUGGUCCAAUGAAAAUUUCCAGCAGUGGCGGACCCCCCACCAGAAGCCUACAGAACAGCCACAGCAGGUUAAGAAACUGGGCUAUAAGUUCCUAGAAAGUCUUCUGCAAAAAGACCCCUCUGAGGUGGUCAUCACACUUGCCACAAGUUUAGGGCUGAAAGAGCUCCUAUCUCAUUCUUCCAUGAAAUCCAACUUCCUUGAGCUCAUCUGCCAGGUUCUUCGGAAGGCUUGCAGCUCCAAAAUGGACCGCCAGAGUAUUCUUCAUGUACUAGGCAUAUUGAAGAACUCCAAAUUCCUCAAAGUUUGCCUGCCUGCUUAUGUGGUAGGGAUGAGUACCGAACCCAAUCCUGACAUUCGAAACCAGUAUCCGGAACACAUAAGCAAUAUCACCUCCCUCCUUCAGGAUCUUGUAAGCGUCUUCCCUGCCAGCUCUGUGCAGGAAACUUCCAUGCUCAUUUCUCUCCUGCCAGCUUCUCUUAAUGCUUUGAGAGCUUCUGGUGUUGACAUAGAAGAGGAGACAGAAAAAAACCUGGAAAAGGUGCAGACCAUCAUUGAACAUCUGCAGGAAAAGAGGCGAGAAGGCACUUUGAGAAUGGAUACCUAUACUCUGGUGCAGCCUGAGGCAGAAGGCCAUGUGGAGAGCUACCGGACCAUGCCCAUCUACCCGACCUACAAUGAAGUGCACUUAGAUGAGAGGCCCUUCCUUCGUCCCAACAUCAUUUCUGGAAAAUAUGAGAGCACUGCUGUCUAUCUGGAUACCCACUUCCGACUCCUGAGAGAAGAUUUUGUCAGACCCCUGAGGGAAGGCAUUUUGGAACUUCUCCAAAGCUUUGAAGAUCAGUGUUUGAGGAAGAGAAAGUUUGAUGACAUCCGGAUCUACUUUGAUACGAGGAUCAUCACUCCUGUGUGUUCAUCAUCAGGCAUUGUCUAUAAGGUUCAGUUUGAUACAAAACCACUGAAGUUUGUUCGCUGGCAGAACUCUAAGCGAUUGCUGUAUGGGUCUUUGGUAUGCAUGUCCAAGGACAACUUUGAGACAUUUCUUUUUGCCACUGUUUCUAAUCGGGAGCAUGAAGAUCUCUGCAGAGGAAUUGUCCAACUCUGUUUCAAUGAGCAGAGCCAACAGCUGCUAGCAGAGGUUCAGCCCUCUGACUCUUUCCUCAUGGUGGAGACAACAGCAUACUUUGAGGCUUAUAGGCAUGUCCUGGAAGGACUCCAGGAGGUCCAGGAAGAAGACGUCCCCUUCCAGAGGAAUAUUGUGGAAUGUGACUCUCAUGUGAAGGAGCCCAGGUACUUGAUAAUGGGGGGCAGAUAUGAUUUCACCCCCUUAAUAGAGAAUCCUUCAGCCACUGGAGAAUCUCUGAGGACUGUUGAGGGUUUGAGACGUCCUAGAGUUAAUGUCUUAGACCCUAGUCAGUGGCCCUCAAAAGAAGCCCUGAAGCUGGAUGACUCUCAGAUGGAAGCCUUGCAGUUUGCUCUCACAAGGGAGUUGGCAAUUAUUCAAGGACCUCCUGGAACAGGCAAAACCUAUGUGGGUCUAAAAAUUGUUCAAGCCCUUCUGACCAAUGAGUCCGUUUGGCAAAUUAGUCGCCAGAAGUUCCCCAUCUUGGUUGUAUGUUAUACUAAUCAUGCUUUGGACCAGUUUCUGGAAGGCAUCUAUAAGUGUCAAAAGACCAGCAUUGUGCGGGUGGGUGGAAGGAGCAACAGUGAAAUCCUGAAGCAGUUCACCCUGAGGGAACUGAGGAACAAGCGGGAGUUCCGCCGUAACCUCCCCAUGCACCUCCGAAGAGCCUACAUGAGUAUCAUGACAGAGAUGAAGGAAUCAGAGCAAGAGCUCCAUGAAGGUGCCCAGACCCUAGAGUGCACAAUGCGUGGUGUCCUUCGGGAACAGUACCUGGAGAAGUACAUCUCCCCCCGGCACUGGGAAAGCCUAAUGAGUGGACCGAUGCAGGACAGCGAGUGGAUCUGCUUCCAGCAGUGGAAGCACUCCAUGAUGCUUGAAUGGCUGGGUCUAGGUGUUGGUUCUUUCACUCAAAAUGUUAUCCCUUCAGAAUGUCUUCGUACACCUCAGCUCUUGGAGGUGCCCUCUUCCUUCCUUGACUUCAAGAAUCUCCAUCCCUGUUCUCCCUGCUUUCCUUUUUUAGCCCAGGCAGAAGGAGAAGAAGAGGAGGAAGGGGAGGAGGAGGGUUCGCUGAUUGAGAUUGCAGAGGAGGCUGACCUGAUUCAAGCAGACCGGGUGAUUGAGGAGGAAGAGGUGGUGAGGCCCCGGCGACGGAAGAAGGAAGAGAAUGGGCCAGACCAGGAGUUGGCUAAAAUGCUUUUGGCCAUGAGGCUAGACCACCAUGGCUCCGGAACUACAGCUGGACAGGAGCAAGCUACAGGAGAGUGGAAGACCCAGCGUAACCAGAAAAAGAAAAUGAAGAAGAAAGUGAAGGUUGAACUUCGCAAACUGAACACCAUGACUGAGGCCGAGGCCAAUGCGAUCCAGGAUGUCUGGCAGCUGGACCUGAAUUCUCGCUGGCAGCUAUAUAGGCUGUGGCUACAGAUGUAUCAGGCUGACACUCGCCGGAAGAUUCUCAACUAUGAACGCCAGUACCGCACAUCAGCAGAGAGAAUGGCUGAGCUGAGACUCCAGGAAGACCUGCAUAUCCUUAAAGAUGCCCAGGUUGUUGGCAUGACAACCACAGGUGCUGCAAAAUACCGCCAGAUCCUACAGAAGGUGGAGCCUCGAAUUGUCAUUGUGGAAGAGGCUGCUGAAGUCCUUGAGGCCCAUACCAUUGCUACAUUGAGCAAAGCUUGCCAGCACCUCAUCCUGAUUGGGGACCACCAGCAGCUGCGCCCCAGUGCCAACGUGUAUGAUCUGGCCAAGAACUUCAAUCUUGAGGUGUCCCUUUUUGAACGGCUAGUGAAAGUAAACAUUCCUUUUGUCCGUCUGAAUUACCAGCACCGCAUGCGCCCUGAAAUUGCCCGCCUCUUGACCCCCCACAUCUACCAGGAUCUGGAGAAUCAUCCCUCUGUUCUCAAGUAUGAGAAGAUUAAGGGGGUCUCUUCCAACCUUUUCUUUGUAGAACACAACUUUCCUGAACAGGAAAUCCAAGAAGGCAAAAGCCAUCAGAACCAGCAUGAGGCUCACUUUGUGGUAGAGUUGUGCAAGUACUUUCUGUGCCAGGAGUACCUGCCCUCCCAGAUCACCAUCCUCACCACCUACACUGGGCAGCUUUUCUGCCUGCGAAAACUCAUGCCUGCCAAGACAUUUGCUGGUGUCAAGGUCCAUGUUGUGGACAAAUACCAAGGGGAAGAAAAUGACAUCAUCCUCCUCUCACUAGUGCGAAGCAACCAGGAGGGCAAGGUGGGUUUUCUCCAGAUAUCCAACCGUAUCUGUGUGGCCUUGUCCAGAGCCAAGAAGGGGAUGUACUGCAUUGGAAAUAUGCAGAUGCUAGCCAAGGUGCCCUUGUGGAGCAAGAUCAUCCAUACCCUUCGAGAGAACAAUCAGAUAGGCCAAACACUCCGACUGUGCUGCCAGAACCACCCUGAUACCCACACCUUAGUCUCCAAAGCUUCCGACUUCCAAAAAGUGCCCGAAGGAGGCUGCAGCCUGCCCUGUGAGUUCCGGCUGGGCUGUGGGCAUGUCUGCACCCGUGCCUGCCACCCGUAUGAUUCCCUGCAUAAGGAGUUCCAGUGCAUGAAGCCAUGCCAGAAGGUCAUUUGCCAGGACGGACACCGGUGCCCUCUUGUUUGCUUUCAGGAGUGUCAGCCUUGUCAAGUGAAGGUUCCUAAAACCAUUCCUCAGUGUGGCCAUGAACAGAUGGUUCCUUGUUCAAUGCCUGAGUCAGAUUUCUGCUGCCAGGAGCCCUGCCCCAAGAUCCUGAGAUGUGGCCACAGAUGUAGCCACCCAUGUGGUGAGCUUUGUGUGCAGUUGUGUUCAGUAAUGGUCACUGUGGAACUCAAGUGUGGACACAGCCAACAGGUGAAGUGUGGUAAUGUGGAAGACCUCAAGUACGAUAUGCCAGUCAAGUGUACCACCAAGUGUGACACCAUCUUGGACUGCGGGCAUCCUUGCCCUGGCUCUUGCCAUAGCUGUUUCGAAGGGCGCUUCCAUGAGCGUUGUCAGCAGCCCUGCAAGCGCCUGCUCAUCUGCUCACACAAGUGCCAGGAGCCCUGCAUUGGUGAGUGCCCGCCCUGUCAGCGAACCUGUCAGAACCGGUGUGUCCAUAGCCAGUGUAAGAAGAAGUGUGGGGAGUUGUGCAGCCCCUGUGUGGAACCCUGUGUCUGGCACUGCCAGCACUACCAGUGCACCAAACUCUGCUCUGAGCCCUGCAACCGACCCCCAUGCUAUGUGCCUUGUACUAAGCUACUGGCUUGUGGCCACCCUUGCAUUGGUCUGUGUGGGGAGCCAUGCCCCAAGAAGUGCCAUGUUUGCCACCUGGAUGAGGUCACACAAAUCUUCUUUGGCUAUGAGGAUGAGCCUGAUGCCCGCUUCGUGCAGCUAGAAGACUGCAGCCACAUCUUCGAGGUACAAGCCCUGGACCGCUACAUGAAUGAGCAGAAGGAUGACGAAGUUGCCAUCAGGUUGAAGGUCUGCCCUAUCUGCCAGGUGCCUAUACGCAAAAACCUGAGGUAUGGAACCAGCAUCAAACAGCGACUAGAAGAGAUCGAAAUCGUCAAGGAAAAGAUCCAGGGCUCAGCAGGGGAAAUUGCAACCAGUCAGGAGCGACUUACGGCCCUGCUGGAGAGCAAGAGCCUCCUCCACCAGCUGCUCCCUGAAGACUUCCUGAUGCUAAUGGAGAAGUUAGCCCAGAAAAACCUAUCAGUUAGAGACCUGGGGCUUGUUGAGAAUUAAAUCAGCUUCUAUGACCACUUGGCCAGCCUGUGGGAUUCUCUGAAAAAGGUACAUGUCUUAGAACAAAGUAAAGUGAGGACUCGACUCGACCAGGUCCAUGAGUGGCUGGCCAGGAAGCGCUUGAGCUUCACUAGCCAGGAACUGAGUGACCUUCAGAGUGAAAUCCAGAGGCUUACAUACCUGGUGAACCUCCUGAGUCGCUGCAAGAUGGCAGAAGGAAAGGUGAAAGGUAGCAUAGCAGAAGAGGUCUACAGUAUCCGGAACAUCCUCGAGAAAACAUGUAAGUUCACCCAGGAGGAUGAACAGCUUGUACAGAAAAAAAUGGAUGCUCUGAAAGCCACCCUUCCCUGCUCUGGCCUGGGCAUCUCAGAGGAAGAACGAGUGCAGAUUGUUAGCGCCAUGGGUUUCUCUCGUGGCCACUGGUUCAAGUGCCCCAAUGGCCACAUUUAUGUGAUUAGUGAGUGUGGAGGAGCCAUGGAGAGGGCCACUUGUCCUGAGUGUCAGGAGGUAAUUGGUGGUGAAAAUCAUACUCUGGAAAGGAGCAACCAACUUGCUUCUGAGAUGGAUGGAGCCCAGCACCCUGCCUGGUCGAACACAGCCAACAACCUGCUGAACUUUGAGGAGAUCAGGAGGAUGAUCUAGGAAGAUAGCGCACUGCUGCCUUUUGUCCCAGCCACCAUUUGGCUGGGACCGGCUCCCUUAUGGAGGAACUGAAGGGUUUUUUUUAUUACUGUCCUUUAGUCUUAGCACCUACUUAAGGAUCCACUUUUAGGGCUUGCCCACAUUUGAUUCUAGAUUUACCCCUGCGCUAGAGUAAGCACUUUACCUCCAGAACUGAGAGCAGAGUUAAUAGAGCUCACCUCUUUCUUUCCUGCAAGUAUGGGACAGACUCUCCGAAGCACGCGUGGGGCUUCCACAUAGGGCUACCUAGUGGUAACUCUGGGUCUUGACUGGAUGUUUCUUCUGCAGUGUUCCCAGGGCACAAGUAUGAGCUCAGUGAAGCUGACUGAUGCUAAUUAUCAGAUCCUAACCUAUAGACUAAAUUUCAUCGUAAUAAGUGGCCCAGAGGAGUCUGGACUGCUUUUCCCUCCAAGGAGCACAAGAAACCCCACUUCCCACCUCUUCGGGCACCCCUCUUUAGAAGUUGGAGGCGUGUGAUGGACAAAGAUUCUUCAGCUCACCCUGACCCACCGGCAUAUUCAGAGUGGGGAAAGUGCACUACCCCAUUAGGAGGCUGUGUGUAGCAGGCCCAGACUAGCUGGGAUGACUUCUGUGCCCUUUCCUGAAACUUACACCUGGAUAGUGAUUUCAUUACCUGCCAUCCAAGAGGUUCCAUAACAGUGCUGGUUCCCUGGCCCAAAUGGAGUCAAGCUCACAUUCAGUACCAGCAUCACCUCUCCCAAGUGUAAGCCUUUGUCCCAGCACUCUCUCCAAGCUUUUACCUGGGCAGGGUUAGCAUGCCAGCAGCUUCUGCAGGCCCCAGCCCCAGGCCAGAAGCCAGCCUCAGGCCAGCCGCCUGUGUCCGCAUUCCCUCUGUCCAGUGUUCCUUAGAACAGACACUUAGAUAUCUCAGGUCCUUUCUAAUGUUGGCAAGAAAAAACUCCCUUUCCUAUGUAUGCAUUUUCUUUUCUGUCUUUACUAUGCACUUUAGCCUAUAAAGCCAAUUAAUAAAAACAAUGACGGAGAAUCAGUGA